AUGGAUGGCGGAAGCAGCGGUGUGGGCGCAGAUGGGAUCUGGAGGCCAUGGGACGAGCACACCGUGCUCCGCCCGGAGGAGAUGGAGUACGUGCGGCGGUUCCACCAACACGUGCCAGGCGCCAACCAAUGCACCUCCUUCAUCGCCAAGCACAUCAAGGCACCCCUCCAAACCGUUUGGUCUGUUGUGAGGAGGUUUGACAAGCCACAAGUUUACAAGCGUUUUGUGGAAAACUGUGUGAUGCAAGGGAACAUUGAGCCAGGAUGUGUUAGAGAGGUCACUCUCAAAAGUGGGUUGCCUGGUAAAUGGAGCAUCGAGAGAUUGGAGCUACUCGAUGACAAUGAGCACAUCCUUAGUGUCAUGUUUAUUGAUGGUGAUCAUCCGCUGAAGAACUAUUCAUCUAUUUUGACGGUCCACCAUGAGGUCACUGAUGGUCAUCCGGGAGCACUGGUGAUUGAGUCAUUUGUGGUCGACAUCCCAAAGGAGAACACCGAAAAUGAGAUCUUUUACCUUGUUGGGAACUUUCUCAAGUUUAACCACAAGUUGCUUGCUGAUGUGUCAGAGGGACAAAUCGAUCGCCGUGCACUAAACUAA